GAGCAGAGGCUCAAACUUCAAGGUAAGUGAACAAACGCUCAAGACAGCGCAGAGUUCUGUGUGCGCUGACUGUGUGCUUGGUUUGCAAUAGUUCGGGGGUAGUCCCCCCUCCAACAGGACAAUAAUCAACACAGAGGGUGCAUUGAGAGAGGCAUCUGCCUCCUGCAGUGAGAUUUGGGGUUCGUUUUCCAAGGCAACGCCAGCUUUUGUCUCUCAAAGAAUGACACUCAGCAGAAGCUGUUCCCGGAAGGAAUCUUGAAAGGAGAAAGUGUUGAACAUCCUCGGCCACUGGAAGGGUGUAAGGAAUCAAGGGGUGAGCAAGCAGCUGAGUGUUGAUUAACUCUUCUGCACCUGUGCUGUAGUCAGACUCACCUGUUUGCCCCUGCAAUGGAGUACACUUGGUAUUGGCGCGACGACUUUGGACGAUGGAUUGAGUAUGGGCAAAAGCAUCCGGAUCAUUGCUGUGCCACAGUAACAUCUGCAGAUCUGGAGGAGAAGUUUCUAGCUGACCGGAAAGGCUUUGUGUUCUUCAGUGCUGGUUCUCAGAUGUAUGAGUUAAACUUUGAAGACAUGAUUCAAACAAAUUUGAUCUACAAAACUCAAAGAAAAGUUACUCGGCUGCCAAAAUUUCCAUCCUCCUCCCAAGGUGGACAAGACAGAAGCAAAAACAUGACUGUAUCAUGUUAUGCCUAUCCUCCACACUGGGACCAAUCUGCACUGCCUGAUAUUGGGUUCAAGUUGGUACAGCUCAGCUCCACUUCCUGUGAGUAUGGAAAAGUUCAGACACUGUUUGAGAAGACAAUGAAAAAUUACUACAUCCACCAACUGCAGAGGAUCCAGAACCCAGCACUUUGGCAAGUUUUUCAGUGGCAAAAGGAGCAGAUGAAGAAGCUCAGUAAAUCAAAGAGGGUAGAUGAGCGGCUCCUGUUCCAUGGGACAGACCCAUCCCAUGUGCCUGCCAUCUGUGAUCAGAACUUUGACUGGAGGAUUUGUGGGACUCAUGGGACAAUGUAUGGAAAAGGAAGCUAUUUUGCCAGAGAUGCCAGCUAUUCUCAUGAGUACUGUUCCGCUUCCAGUGGUCGCUACAUCAUGUUUGUAGCUCACGUGCUUGUUGGAGACUUUGUUCAGGGAAUCCCUGAAUACCUUCGCCCUCCACCCAGAGCCAGCAAUUCAAACAGACUUUACGACAGCUGUGUGGAUAACCCAAGAGACCCUUCCAUCUUUGUCAUCUUUGAGAAACACCAGAUUUACCCCGCCUACAUCUUGGAGUACAGCGCCAAUACCUCGUGUAUGAUUCUGUAAUGAAUGGUGGAAUCUCCUUUGAAUUUACACUGAAUAAAUAACACUCUAGUACAUCUUUUUUUGUUUAAA